AUGAAUUCCACUACAAUUACUUUAACAGUUUAUCUUGCUAACAUUCAAAUUCAAAUUAUUCGCUAUUUACUCACUAUAACAUUGAUUAUUGGAAAUUUAAGCAAUUUUACUAAUAUUUUAAUUUUUUCUCAGCACUCUCUCAGAUCUCAUAUCUGUUCAUGGUACUUUAUUGGUUCAUCGAUUGGUCAUCUACUCUAUCUCAAUAUGGGAUGUUUAACCCGAGUUAUUUGGGCAUGGACACAUGUUCUUGUUCUUUUCAACAUUCGACAUACUGGUCAUCAUCAAAUAGCUCCAACAACACUAAUAGAUUUAAACCAUGAAAUACGAUAUCGAAGACGACGACUUCGUAAGAAAGAUAUUCAAUACAUCAAGCUAUCUCUUAUACAAGUAGCUGCUUAUAUUGUUUUCAAUACACUUCAUGGUUACAAUACAAUUCAUGAAGUUAUUACACAGAAUCAAAUUAAAACUCCUGAGCAACGAGCUAUUGAAGGAUUUUUGAGUGGAACUGGUUUGAAUCUUCAUUAUGUCUAUACUGGAAUUACUUUCUUUCUUUAUACAUUGGCAUCUGAAACAUUUCGACAAGCUUGUAUUUUGUUUUGGAAACGUUUGUUAAAACAUCUGUUACAUUUAAUGUUUUUUCGAUCUAAUCAUCAAACGACUGUUCAAAUUGCUUAA